CCCAUAAAUUACACAAUUUUGGAUAUUUUAAUUUGUGGGUUUUUUACAUCUCUUGAAAUACAAACAUGGGUUGCUUUCAAAAUUUAAAUCUUGGUUUGAUUAUUAUAUGAAUCUUGAUUCAUUUCUGUUAUUUAUUAAUCUUCAAUUAUUUCACUCAUUAAACCCUAGCUGUUUUUUUUAAGGCCUCUUAAGUUCAGUUAAAUUAGAAAUUUGCCACUAAUCAAGAUGUUGUGAUCAGACGUUACAACUUGCUCUGCUACAAUGUAGAAUUUAUAGGUGAAAAAGUGAAGGAUUAAAAUGAGGGGUAAAAAUGAAAAUUAUGAAUUUAAAGAUUUUUCAGGUGGGUUAUUUAGGCUUUUGUGUUUUCUGAUAGUUUUUGUAAUUGGGAUGGUGAUUGGUUUGAUUUCAAGUUCACAUGUAGAUAGAUAUUUUACUUCACAACCUUAUAGUUUGAAUCCAAGUAAGACCCUGGAUAAUACUAAUUCGAUAUACCCGAGUAGUGUUAGGAGUUCGGAUGAUGGUCGAAAUUGUAAUACUAAUGUUAUGGCUAGUUGUGUAAGAGAGGAUUGUUUGAGUUUUGAAAGUUUUCGGUUUCCUAAGAAUUUGAGUCAUGGGAUGAGUGAUGAGGAGCUAUUUUGGAGAGGUUCGUUGGUUCCGGAGAGUGUAAAGUAUCCGUUUGAUAGAAUGCCUAAGAUAGCGUUUAUGUUUUUGACGAGGGGAGAGCUUCCGUUUUUGCCAUUGUGGGAGAGGUUUUUUAAGGGUCAGGAUGUGAGGAAAUAUUCUAUUUAUGUUCAUACUAAUCCUGAGUUUGAGCUUGGUAUUUCAAAUUCUUCGGUUUUCUACAAGCGACAGAUUCCUAGUCAGGCCGUCAAAUGGGGAACUGUGUCUCUAGUUGAUGCAGAAAGGCGACUCUUAGGGAACGCCUUGCUUGAUUUCUCUAAUGAGCGUUUUGUUCUACUAUCAGAAAGCUGCAUUCCAAUUUACAAUUUCCCUACUAUCUACAAGUAUCUGACUAAAUCAAUCUACAGCUUUAUAGAUUCUUACGAUGACCCGUCUCGAUAUGGCCGAGGCCGAUACAGCCGUAAUAUGAAACCUGACAUAAGGCUUCGAGAUUGGAGGAAAGGGUCUCAAUGGUUUGAAAUGAACCGGAAACUAGCCAUCAAAGUGAUAGCAGAUUUAAAAUACUACAAUCUGUUUAAAAGGUAUUGCACUGGUGGUUGUUAUCCUGAUGAACAUUAUAUGCCGACAUUUGUGCACAUGUUUCAUGGAUCGCUUAAUGCUGAUAGAACGGUAACUUAUGUCGAUUGGUCAGUAGGGGGUCCACAUCCAGCCAGUUUUGGUGAAGAAAAUAUCACUGAAAGUUUUAUGCAAUCUCUUAGGAAUAAUGGGACAGCCUGCUUGUAUAACAAGGGAACAACACCUAUUUGCUACUUAUUUGCUAGGAAAUUUAGACCAAGUGCAUUGGAACCUUUACUUGGACUUGCCUCGAAAGUACUUGAAUAUUGAACAUAUGGGUGCAUGGAGAUCAUUUUUGGUAGGGCUUUGUCAUUAGUUUUGUGUAUUCUGUUGUAACUUGGUUGGAAGUAUACUGGUGACUUAAAAUGCUUAGGAAUAUUGAUUACAUAGUUUUGGCAGUGUUGUUUUUCCCAGAGGUUGUAGCUAUGUAAAGAACUUUUAUUUUUUUUGUAAGAGAAUAUUUAUAUGAUUAA